CUCGAUAGAAAAGAUUCGAAGCGACCGUCCAUCGGCUUUCGUCUGCCAGCACCCCUGCCUCCUUCUCGCCCUGUCUCUGUUGUGUUUCCGGCCGUUCCGCUGUCCCUCUGCCUUUUGGCGGGGUAGACCGAUUUGACCUCUUUUUCCUCCUGAGACGGGGGGGUUUGUUCUCACACUCGCAUUUAUAAUUUAAUUUUCCCCGACUUUACAUAAUGAGCACGAUUCAGAAUCUCAAGAAUUUCAUCCGUCAUGGGAAGCAGGCGCGCCUGGUGACGCCGCAUGCCGAACCGACAACCAACGUGUCCGCCAUCCAUGCCCAGCCGCAGCCGCAGCCGCAGGGGCAAUACCCCGCCGCGGUGGGCAAUCUCGAUGCCAUCGAGGGCCGCCAUGGCAAUGGUCAGUCGCCGGUAGUCCAGAAGAGCGCCGAUGCUCAGACCCGUAAGGCUCGCGAGGCCGAGAUCGCCGAGAUCGUCGCUGAGGAGAGGAAACGGGCGUCCAAGAUGCCCAAAUAUCCUGGGUUGGAACGUUGGAUUCUGGUCGAGAAGAUGGGCGAUGGUGCCUUCAGCAACGUCUAUCGGGCCCGUGAUAGUACUGGCCAGUACGAAGAAGUCGCCAUCAAAGUCGUUCGCAAGUUUGAGAUGAACAGCAAUCAGGUAGGGUACCUUUCUCUCUCGUCUUGAACAUGCCUUCUCUCCGAGAUGCUUUCACAUCCUGCCCAUGCGUGCCCGCUUUGAUAUGUGUUGCCGAUCUAUUUUGCGCGAUUUCUCUCUUCUUCUCUCCUCUCUUGUGAUGUUUGCCGACGUACUCCCUAUGGGGAUUUCUCUAGUCCGAUCGAGCCAAUAUCCUCAAGGAGGUGCAGAUCAUGC